GACGUUAAGCGGUGUAUCGCGCGGUUCUCUUGUGUGAGCGCAAUUUCUCUUGGUUUUCACCAACUUCGCUCUCGAAGAAAAGGAAAAAUAUUCCGCCAUUCGUCAAAUGAUAAAGUGACAUUGGAGCGAACAGGUGAAAAAUCGCACGAAGAUGUGACGGAUUCGUCGCCAAUGACGACCUUGGUGGGACGAUGGAUUCUGCCGCGAUCGCAUUUUAAACUCGCGAAGAAUCCGCGAGUCCACGUGACCAUGGGACACGCAUCAGAAAGUGGACAGCGCAGACUACAAGAUCGCGCGGAUUAAGUGAAAAUCCGCCAUGGCGAGGUGGAGAUGGGUGAUGCUGAUCCUAACGGCCGUGUGGACGGUGAGCGACGGCUACCUGGCCGUGCUGUCGUCCGGCACGCCGGUCGGCACUGUCGUCUUCGAGGCCGGAGUGCCGCAGUUGGGCGGUCGACGUCGAUACGAGGCGUCUAGCGAGCGUACCGCUUGGUUCGCCCGGAAGCUUCUUAAAGUGCAUCCACACACGGGCCGUGUGACCCUCGCAAAGACGCUGAGCUGCGACGGUCUCCAGUACCCGCGCAUCUUCACCUUCUACGUCGACUCGACCAGCUCGCGCCUCGGUAGACCAACUAUCGACUACUACAGCCUACCGCUGAGGAUCCUGAUCAUCGGAUGCGGCGGCGAAAACCACGACCUGGCAGCCACUCGGGGCUGGAUGGCGGAGACUCUUGCUUCUUACGCGAUGCCCAGCGCCGACAGGUUUACCGAAGUGUGUCUGCGAGCGUCUCAGCUAGUAGCGGCUCUUCGCGACUUCUUGCCGCAGACAGCUAUGAAAGAAUGCGAGACCAGAUGGGGCGGUGUGGCUGAUCCUAGAUUCCUCGUAGAAGGCGCCGCCGGAGAUUUGGUUUCCGCCUCCGAGCAGUGUCUAGUGGACCCGCUGUGGAAGGUCUCGGUUACCAUGAAUUUGCGUUGUGCCGGCGAAUCGCGUCUGACCGACGCGGAGCACCGGCUGAAGAUCGUGUUCCAUCACCGUCAGCUAGAUGACACCGAUCUGGGCAGGAGAGUGAGGCGAGAACUGAAAAACCAGUCGCCGUAUUUUGAGCAACCCCUGUACGUUGUUCCGGUGGAAGAAGAACGAGAGCCAGGACUGUACGUGACUUCGGUGAGAGCCAGAGAUCCCGAAAACGGAGCCGUGCGGUACUCCAUGAGCUCGCUGAUUGACGCGAGGUCGCAGGCGUUGUUAGCUCUCGACCCAAUGACUGGAAGAGUAACAACACGCGCCAGAUUGGAUAGAGAAACCGUCGACGUACACUAUUUCCGAGUGCUAGCAGUGGAUGACUCGUUUCCUCCCCGCACCGGCACGACGACGCUUCAAGUCAACGUGUUGGACGUAAACGAUCACGCGCCGAGCUUUGAAUGGCCGGAAUAUGACGCGUCGGUGCGCGAAGGAGUUCCCGUGGGCUCCACAGUAAUCACAGUCAAGGCUACAGAUCAGGACACUAGUAGAAACGCCGAGGUGGAAUAUUCGAUCGUUUCUACCGUGGCUGGCGGUAACAUCGCGCAUACAAAAGACAUUGCAAUUUUUAGAAUCGAUCCCAGAUCUGGCGUAGUUACUACCCGGGUCGCUCUCGAUCGCGAGCAGAACGAGGUGUACACAGUGGUGCUCAGCGUGACGGAUCAAGCGACACCGGUGUCGGCGCGGCGGAGCGCGAAUGCAACGUUGGUGGUGCACGUGCUAGACGACAACGACAAUUAUCCGCAAUUCACCGAGCGCACGUACACCGAGUGCAAGCCUGAAGAUUUGGAUUACACGACAAAUCCGAUAGUGGCCCAUAUUCGAGCGACGGACGCAGACGCAGGUGCGAACUCGGCCGUACGUUACGCCAUCAUUGGUGGCAACACGCAGAACACCUUCUCCAUAGACUCGAUGAGCGGCGACGUUGCCCUGGUCAAACCGCUCGACUACGAAUCCACCAGAAACUACAAGAUCGUGAUCCGCGCCCAGGACGGCGGCUCGCCCGCCCGUUCUAAUACCACGCAGCUCUUGUUCAUGGUACAAGACGUCAACGACAACGCACCGAGAUUCUACACUAGUCACUUUCAAGAAUCGGUAUCGGAAAACGUGGCGGUGGGAUACUCGGUGCUUAGGGUGCAAGCCUAUGACGCUGACGAAGGUAACAACUCACUCAUCAGGUACACAAUCGGCGCGCGCGAUUUCACCGGCGCCUCCACCGAAAACUUUCCCAUCACCGUGAAUACGGAGACCGGCUGGAUUUACACGACGAAACAGUUAGAUCGCGAACAAUGUUCGAGAUAUCAGUUUACCGUAAUCGCGGCGGAUUCCGGGAAGGAACCGAAAUCCGCAAGCGCCACGGUAAUCCUCACGGUGACCGACGUGAACGACAACGAUCCUUACUUCGAACCAAAGAACUACGAGGCUGUGGUAUCGGAGGACACUCUGCCUGGUAUCCCCAUCGUCUCGGUGAUCGCCACCGAUCCGGACGAGGAUGCGAGGAUCCAUUACGAGAUCACGGGCGGUAACACGCGUGGACGCUUCUCGAUUGCAUCACAGAACGGCCGCGGUAUCAUCAGUGUCGCACAGCCGCUCGACUACAAGCAGGAGAAGCGAUUCGUACUGACAGUAACAGCUUCGGAUAGCGGUGGUCGCACCGACACCGCUCUAGUUUAUGUCAACGUGUCAGAUGCGAAUAACUUCUCGCCGGUGUUCGAGAACGCUCCGUACUCGGUCUCGGUUUUCGAGGACGCGCCGGUCGGCGUGACAGUCCUGGUGGUCAGCGCCACGGACUCUGACGUCGGCAAGAACGCUCAGAUCUCUUAUAGUCUGGCCACCGACAACGGUGAACAGGCGGUCACCGAGUUCACGAUCAAUCCGCAGACCGGGGCCAUCACUACGACCAAAGCGCUCGAUCGCGAGAUAAUUCCUUCGUAUUUGCUAACGGUAACCGCUAGAGACGGUGGAGUGCCUCCUAUGUCAGACACCACCGACGUGGAAAUCUCCGUCACGGACGUGAACGACAACGCACCGGUCUUCGAAGCGCCGCAAUAUCAAGGUUCGAUUCCCGAGGACGUUCUAACGGGCACCAGUGUGCUGAGAGUGGCGGCAACUGACGCAGAUACUGAUCUUAAUGGUCGGGUAAAGUACGCUCUGGAGGACGACGGCGACGGCGCAUUUGCGAUCGAUCCCACGACCGGCAUUAUCCGCACGGCGAAGCCACUGGACCGAGAAUCGGUAGCGCGUUACGCGUUGAAGGCCGUGGCGAUAGAUCGCGGCUCACCCGCGCUCUCGUCCGUCGUGUUGAUUAACAUCAAGAUCGAGGACAUCAACGACUCGCCACCCGCCUUCGAGAACGACAAGAUCGUUCUUUACAUCGCCGAGAAUUCGCCGAUCGGUUCGACCGUCGGCGAGAUUUACGCUCACGAUCCGGACGAGGGUCCCAACGCAGUGGUGCAGUACAGCAUCAUUGGCGGUGAAGACUGUAACAGUUUUGCUCUGAAUAUCCGACAGGGCGCCGAUCGCGCGGAAUUGAUCACUCUCGAAGAACUCGAUUACGAGUCGCCGAAGAAGAAGUUCGAACUGGUCGUGCGCGCCGCGUCGCCACCGCUGCGCUCGGACGCCAUCGUGCAAAUUCUGGUGACCGAUGUGAACGACAACGCGCCGGUGCUCAAGGAUUUCCAGAUCAUCUUCAACAAUUUCAAGGACUUCUUUCCGAUUGCGCCGAUCGGCCGGAUACCGGCAGUUGACGCCGACGUCACGGACAAUCUCGUCUACAGCAUCUUGACCGGCAACAACGCCAACCUGAUCGAUCUCAACAAGACCUCCGGCGAAAUCCGACUGUCGCCGCAGCUCAACACCAACGUGCCGCGAGUAGCAACUAUGGAGGUUGCCGUGACUGAUGGUAUCAACGAGGCAAAGGCCACGAUGACGCUAUCGGUGCGUCUGAUCACUGACGAGAUGCUACUAAAUUCAAUCACCGUCCGACUGGACGACAUGACGGUCGAAGCGUUUCUCAGUCCUCUUUUGGGAUACUUCUUGGACGGUCUGGCGGCCAUCAUCCCGUGCCCGCGCGAGAACAUUUUUCUCUUUAGUAUUCAGGAGGACGCAAAUGUGCAUAGCAAGAUUCUGAAUGUGAGCUUCUCAGCGCGCAAAGUGGAACCUGGCACGGUUGACGAAUUCUACAGUACGCAGUUUCUUCAAGAACGAGUUUACCUGAACCGCGGCAUCCUUGCAAGACUGGCGACGGUCACCGUCCUUCCGUUUGAUGACAACUUGUGCGUCAGGGAGCCUUGCUUGAAUUUCGAGGAGUGCCUGACAGUGCUAAAGUUUGGCAACGCGUCCGGCUUUGCCAGCAGCGACACCGUUCUCUUCCGGCCGAUUUAUCCGGUGACCACGUUCGCAUGUAGAUGCGCGCGUGGCUUCACCGGCAGUCGCGAGGCUUACAUGUGUGACACCGAGGUGAAUCUAUGCUACUCGAAUCCGUGCACGAACGGCGGUACCUGCCAUAGACGCGAGGGUGGUUACUCGUGCACCUGUCGACCGGAUUUUACUGGACAAAACUGCGAGAUCUCUCUGGAGCGGGACACCUGUUCACCAGGCAUAUGUAAAGGUGGCUCGCAGUGUACUAUGAAGAAUACUGGUGGAUUUACUUGCGAGGGUUGUUCUGUGUCCGCUCUGGAGAGUGUAACGCCUCUCUGCGAAUUGAAAGCGCGCAGCUUCGGUCCGGCAACGUUCCUCACUUUCGCAUCUCUGCGACAACGUCAUCGUCUUCACCUGAGGCUCAAGUUUGCUACUGAGCUUGCCGACGGUCUGUUGCUUUACAACGGUAGAUACAACGAACGCCACGACUUCAUUGCUUUGGAGAUCGUGGACUCGCGCGUUCAAUUCAGCUUCUCUUUGGGUGAUGAAAUAACCAGAGCGACGGCAAGCGUUCCCGGUGGUGUCUCGGACGGUCAGUGGCACGAGGUGGAGGUUUCGUACAUCAAUCGCACGGUGACCGUGUCCGUGGACAAUUGUGACGUUGCGCUCGCUCUGGAACACGGCGAGAGGUUGGGACUGAGAUGGGCAUGCGCCAGCAGGAGCGAGAGAAUCCUCGAAGAACGCUGCGGACUCGUCACCGAAACCUGUCACAGAUUUUUGGAUCUGACGGGGCCGUUGCAGCUGGGCGGUUUGCCAGCAAUUCCGUCCAACUUUCAAAUUAGAAACAAGGACUACGUUGGAUGCAUCAGUGAUCUCUACAUCGAUUAUGUUUUUGUUGACUUGAAUUCCUUUGUGGCUGAUAACGGAACCAACGCCGGCUGUCCCGAAAAGGCCGCUUUGUGUGCUUUGUCGCCUUGCAGAAACAAUGGCAAGUGCCGCGAUGUCUGGUCAGGCUUUGUAUGCGAGUGUGAAAACAACUUCGCCGGGCCAACAUGCGCCGAAGAGAUUGGCAAGCCGUGGAAUUUUCACGGCGAGGGCAUGCUCAGUUUCAAUCCUCUUUUGAGACCCAUCCAACUGCCCUGGUUGACUGCUUUCAGUCUGCGAACUCGAACGCAACAGGCUUUCGUCAUGAGUGUGCAGAUCGGCCAGAACAGUUCGGCCCUUUUCGAGAUCCGAAACAACAAGCUAGUAGUCUCUCUGGACGGCAUCGAAGUAAUCCGCACCGCUACUGUCAUCGCUGACGGCGAGUGGCAUCGGUUGGAGGUCGUCUGGCAGAGCGGUCACGUGUCUUUGGACGUGGAUUACCGCAAUCGACCCAUCACAUUGCCGUUACCAGCAAAGCUGCAAGGCCUCUACGUUGGCAAGAUUCUUGUAGGCGGUCAGGAUCAGGCGACCAGCACCGAUCUGCCCUUCUUCGACGGCUGUCUACAAGACGUGCGCAUCGGCACAAAUCAAAGUGUUCUUCAACGGCCGACCGUUCAGGAAAAUGUAGGUGAGGGCUGUCUGUCUGAGUCCCUAUGCAGCCUGGACUGUCCGGAAGCCUCGACUUGCGUCACUCAAUGGCAAUCCAGUGAGUGCGUCUGCGCCCCCGGUCACGUCGGUCGCAGCUGCGAACGCGUUUGCGAUCUGGAACCUUGCAACGGUACCGGCACUUGCAUUGAGGACGCAAGCGACACGCGACGUGGCUAUCGUUGCGAGUGCAUCUCGCCCGAAUACUCGGGUGAUUACUGCGAGGUCAGAGCCGAUCAGCCGUGUCCGGCGACGUGGUGGGGAUCGCCAGUCUGCGGACCUUGCCACUGCGACGAGACUAAAGGAUACGAUCCGGCUUGUAACAAGACCACUGGCGAAUGCUACUGCAAGGAGAACCACUACCAGCCAACUGGACGCAAGGAGUGCAUACCUUGCGAUUGCUACGCAAUCGGAAGUUUUGGACCGCGAUGUGACAGCGAGACCGGGCAAUGUCGCUGUCGAACCGGCGUGAUUGGUCGCUCGUGCACUGACUGUCCGAAUCCGUACGCUGAGGUAACUUUAAGAGGCUGUGAGGUAGUCUACGAUGGUUGUCCCAAAUCGUAUUCGGACGGUCUCUGGUGGCCGCGAACUCUUUUCGGGAUGACAGCCAUCGAGGAUUGUCCUGGUAAUGCCGAAGGCAAAGCCUCUAGAUCUUGUGACGACAAACUGGGCGGCUGGCAACUACCCGAUCUUUUUAACUGCACCUCAGAGGCCUUCAUUGAACAACGACAUCAGCUAGCAGCUUUAGAGACUAAAGAUCUUACGCUGAAUACUUACGUAGCCGUGAAGAUAGCAAAGGAUGUUUACAGAGCGGUAAACAUCACCAGGGAAAUGUAUGGUGCGGAUCUUUUAGUGGCGGAAUCUUUACUGGUAACGUUAUUGCGUUACGAAGAGAGUUUAGUAGGACUGAACUUGACGCACAGCCAGGACAAGGACUAUGUCUCCCAUCUCGUUGGCAUAGCUGGAGCCAUUCUCAAAGCUAAAUAUAAAGAAAAAUGGGAAAAGAUCGCGGAACUUACCGGAGAUAGUUCUGAUAAAAUCCUGGACGUCAUGGCAAGAUAUCUCAAGACUCUAACAGCGUCUCAACAUGAUACAUUCACUAAUCCUUUUGAAGUGGUCGAUAGUAACGUUGUGCUGGGUUUAGACGUCGUGACAUCCGAGAGUCUUUACGGUUACGAGGCCAUUGAAUACAAAGAGGAUCCCACUUUGUCUACGGUGAGGCCUUCGGAAGCAGAUCAGAAAGUCAUUCUUCCCGACACAUCUGCUUUUCUUAGUUCCCCAGCUCAUUUCGGUCCGUCUAUCAGUUUCCCAAAGUACAACAAUUACAUGGCCGAUCCCAACAGAUUCGAUCCGCAUUCGAAGAUUCAAGUGCCGCUCAAUACGUUGGGUAUCACACCCCUCAUGCAGGGCGAGCUGAACACCAAGAACAGUCUGAGUAAUCGAAAAGCUGUGCUAAGCUACGUGCAGUACAAAGAACUCGGUGCUCUUCUGCCACAAAAAUUCGACGAUUCGGUGUCGGUUAGAUGGGGCGUGGAAGUAGCAGUCGGCUCGCCCGUGAUGACCGUUUCCGUGUUGGUUCCCUCCGAGAACGGCUAUGAGUCCUUGACAGGAGUACCUUUGCAAUCUCCCAUCCAAGUUCGACUUUGGCUUAAUGAGAACGAUGAUUUCAAAACCAGAACGAAUCCGCAGUGCGUUCACUGGAGUACCGCAAGAGGAUCCGGUGAAUGGAGUCGAAUGGGCUGCACCACAGAGAUUGAAGACAACUCUCUGACUUUUGGCACUAUCGUGAACUGCUCUUGCAUGCAACUGUCUACUUUCGCGAUACUGACCGACGUCCUCGAUCUGGAAUAUGUUCCUGAGCCGUCGCUGCUGGAAGAUGUGACCAGCUACAGCGCGUUUAUGCUUGCCUUGCCGCUGUUACUGUCCGCCCUCUUGAUUCUGGCGUUGAUUCGCGGCGGGAGCACCAACUCCAACAGCAUCCACAAAAAUCUGGUUCUCUGCGUCCUCAUAGCGGAGACUUUGUACCUAAUCGCGCUCAAGGCGAGGAAUCCGCUCAUCUCGAACGAAUUCACGUGCAAGUUGACAGCGAUUGGACUGCACUACGCUUGGUUGAGCACCUUUUCCUGGACUCUCGUGGAUUCCGUGCAUCUUUACCGGAUGCUGACAGAGAUGAGGGACGUGAACCACGGCCAGAUGAGAUUCUACUACACUAUGGGAUACGGUCUGCCGGCUGUCAUCGUUGGACUAACUAUCGGCGUCAGAGCCGAUCAAUACGGAAACUUCUACUUUUGCUGGCUAUCUAUCUACGAGACCGUAAUUUGGUCUCUGAUAGGACCAGUCUGCGCGGCAGUGUUAGUGAACUUCUGCAUUCUCGUGAUGUGCGUUCGCGCAGCGUUUACUCUGAAAGAACACAUCAUGGGUUUCGGAAAUCUGCGAACGCUUCUGUGGCUCUCGGUUGCGUCGUUGCCAUUGUUGGGAUCGACGUGGACUCUGGCAGUUCUCAACGCUUCCCAGAACUCGUCGAUGCUGUCGUACUUGCUGAGCAUCUCCGUCGUAAUUCACGCGGCGUUCAGCUUAAUCGGCUACUGCUUCAUUAACGGCAGAGUGAGGAGAAAUCUGUACCAAAGCCUGUUGAAGUGUAUUGGCAAGAAAUCAUCUCUGCUGGAAGGCAGCAUGGACAACGGAAGCAGCAGUCAGAACGUGAACGGACAUUCGCGCUCGGCGCUAGCUUACUCGUCGACCUACAGUGGAGCCAAAUCGGUGUGCAGAAGAGUUCACGUCGGCGUCUCCACGAGUAGCACGACCUCGCGAAGUACAAAUAAAACUGGCUCGAGUCCGUAUCGCAGUGACACGCAUCUAAGACACACGUCAACGUCCACGAGCAACUACAACAGCGAUCGAGAUCCGUAUUUGUCAUCGAGAAGUCACCGGUCAGCGCUGCAUUCUCAGCCAGUAAUGUCUUCGACAGAAUCUACGGAGCCGAGAACUCAACGCAGAGAAUCGGAAUCGGACUCCGAUGGCUCGCAGGCCGAGGGAGGUGGCAGAAGCCUGGACCUCGCGAGCUCACAUAGCUCCGACGAAGACGACGUCACUUCGAGAUCGCACAGAAAUAUGGGAGUGUCGACGCAGCAACACGUCGCCCAUAGUUACUUGCCCAACAUUCACACCAACCCCGCUGAACACCUGAAUAUACUUUGCUCAAACGCCGAGUUGUUCCCCAACAUUAAACCCAUCUACGCUCCCCGAUGGAGCUCCCAGUUGCCGGAAGCGUAUUUAUCAUCGAAUGUGAUGGACGUGCGGGGCAGUCAGUGGUCGGGCGGCACGAUAUCGGACAACGAAAUGGCGUCGAACAAAACGUCAAGCCCGAACCCGUUACCGUAUCCGGAGAUGAGCUCGCCGCAGAAAAGCCAACCGGACGAGAACUACUCGGAGGGUGAGGAGAAAGUGCACCAUCUGGGCGAGAAGUAUUUGUUCCCCUACACUGCUGAGGAAGACCACACGAUAUCGCCCACUCCGUACAUGCUGUCGAUGUCGUCGCGCAUUCUCGCGUCCAGCAUGAGCCAUCACUCGCAGAACUCGAAUCACGAGAACCUGAGCGGGUCCGAGCAGCGCUACGGCAGCCUGAAGCGCGGUCAGAGUCUGCACGGCUCGCAGCACGACAACUUGAGUGGUUCCGAGAGAUACGGUAGCCUCAAGCGCGGCAAGAUGGGCACGCCCACGGUGCUGGAGGACACGCCCGAGUAUAUCCUGCCUAUGAGCGGCAGAAUAUUGUCGAGCUCGCUGACGCACGAUCUGCAGCACAGCAACGAGUUGGCGGCGCUAAGGCAGCAGCAGCAGCAGCAGCAGCAACAGCAACAGCAACAGCAACAGUAUGAGCAGACCAUCACCGAGACUGAUUUUUUCCGUUUUUCCCCUCGCUGUAUGCGCAAAAGGUGGCGUUGGAACAUUCUAACAUAAACUGUAUCUUUUCUGUGAUCUCGCUUGCCCUGACGACUGUCAAAUCUAUCAUCCAGCGAGGAGGUAAGCACGGCGUCUCUCUCUCUUUCUCUCUCUCUCUCGUAUAAUAAUUGCCCUUAAUUCGUUAAAUUUCUCGCGGCAUCUCGCGAUGUCUCACAUCACAAAUAAUUGCUAAUUGUCGCUGUUACAGGAAGGAUACUAAUGCGGAAACGUCCGUCUGACGAGGUCCGUGCCACAAACGAGAACGUACAAAGUAAUUUAGCUUACAACUUAGCUUAAGUAUCCAAUGCGCAAUAAAGACUCUCGAGCCAUUGUCGAUUAUAUAUAUAUAUAUAUACAUUUUAAGAAGCGGCCAUGACUGUACUUAUACAUUUAGCCAUAUUUUAAUUAGCAUAUGUAUGUGAGUGCCUGUUCAUAUAUUGCACACGCGUAAGAUCUUUCGGAGUGACAAGAAACGAGAACUUUGCGCCGUGGAAUAUUUUUCAAUGAUCCCAAUAUGAGCGACAAACUUUUCUUUUCAAAUCGACAAUUGUACUUAUAUGUUUAAAAAAAACAUCAGUGAGAAUUGACGAUUGAGUUUGUAUCGUUGAAAAAUAUUGCACUGCCUUCAUCAAAACACUAAAAGACACUAAAAAGCGAGAUAAAACUUCAUAAUAUAUAAAAUGUAUUUUAGAUACCAAACACACAUAAUUAUUUUGUAGUAUUUACAGUAGAUAUUUCUAAAAUUACAAAUUUAUCCCGCAUCUUGCCGAAUUUCGUUUGAUCACUCCGAUCGAUCCGAUAUAAAUAAUACUCUUGCGCUUGUUGUUAUUAUUAUUAUUAUUAUUAUAUUUUUGACUUGAAGGAGCGCGACUCGACUCUCGCGAUUUGUAAGUCUCCGAUUACUCGUCGCGGAUCCUCGUCGCUCGUUUGUCGUCGCGAUGAAGUCCCAGCGAAGUACGGAGAACGAAAAAUGAUCUCUGAUUAUUAUCGCGCGCAACUCAUUAGUAUCGUUCCAUCGUUAUUCUUAAGUUAUCUUCUUGAGCUCAGUAUUGUGCAAUGUAUACAUUCCACUGCCUUUCUCUACCUUCCCUCUCUCUCUCUCUCUCUCUCUUUUUCCUAUACUUACAUCUGUAUAAUCUUAAUUUCUAUAUUUAGUUCUAUUUUUCCAUUCUAUUUUUUAUAGAGAUUCGCAAUCUUUCUUCUCUCUUACUUUC